AUGGCGACGGCCGCCGUGUUCGGGUCCACCGGCGCCGUGGGCUCUCAAAUCCUCGCCACGCUCCUGGCCACAGACACAUUCUCAUCCAUCAAGACCAUUUCCCGACGAGCCCCCGGCGCGCAAUCGCCCAAGCUCCAGGCUCUCGAGGAGGCAGACACCUCCAAAUGGGGCGGCGCGAUGGCCUCGCUCUCCCCCAAGCCGGGCGUGGUCUUCAACGCCGUGGGCACCACGAGAGCCGCGGCGGGCGGCAUCCAGAACCAGUGGAAGAUUGACCACGACCUGUGCAUCGAGAACGCCAGAGCGGCCAAGGAGGCGGGCGCCAAGACGUACGUGUUCGUCUCGAGCGGCGGCACCAGGGGCUUCCCCUCGAGAUACCUGCCGUACUCCAAGAUGAAGAUUGGUGUCGAGGACGCCAUCAGGGAGCUUGAUUUCGAGCACGCCGUUAUCCUGAGGCCCGGGAUGAUUAUCGGCAGAGAAACGUCCAAGGCGCCGGUGCUUGAGAGCAUUGUCGGAAACCUGAAUAAGCUGGGGCAGUGGGCGCAGGACUGGAUUGGUCAAGAUCAGACCGUCAUUGCGAGGGCGGCGGUUGCUGCUGCGGCGGCGGCAAAUGAUGGGAAAGCACCGUCCAAGUAUUGGGUUGUCGAACAGGCUGACAUUGUUAGGCUGGGCCGAGACCAGUGGAAGCAAUAG